AUGUCUUGCAUCCUGGACGUCGUGCGUGCACGCCUGCCUAUGGCGCCGGAGGCUGAGCUGACCGUUCUGUAUGCAGUCGUACUGGCUGCGGGUGAACGCAAUCCGAAUUGGUAUCGAUGGCUGCUAACAGACUCUCCUCAUACGCUCGUACAAAAGCUGAUCCACAAUAUAUGGGCUGGUCACUAUGCGUCGCAGGCAAAUGCUGCAUUCGCGCACGACUCGGAUACUUGUUACGAGCCAGCACUGCCUUUGCCACAUUGCCAUCACUUGAGGACUGAAAGACGGCUGCUUCUUCGACACGGCCCAGCUGGCACAAAGAUUGCGUCUUCCAGCACAGAAAGUCUGUCGCGCCACAUCCUUGUAUGUGUCGACUUCCAUGCGAUCCAUAUCCUAUACGAGAUCCUAUGCUCUGUGCGUUGGCGAGCUCAGGACAUGCGUGUGCUGACGCCGCAUUUCGUGGAUCAUCUGUUUGUCGUGAUGGAAACAAGCGACUCAUCCGAGUACAGUGCACAGUGCAUGCGAGUGAUCCUAGCCUUGCACGACCAGUGCAUGAUGUCGACGUAUGCAACAACGCUUCUCCCCCACAUUGAGCAGCAGUUGAACUCGAGCAAGACAUGCAGCGAAAAUCUCGUGUUUCUUCUGAACCGCACGCCAAGUACAACAUUUGAUGGGUGUCGCUUUCACUUGCUGGUGCUCAAACUGCUCGGUGCAAUUUUUUGUCUUCCAGAGACCGCGUCUUACUUUUACGUGAAUGAUCUCAAAGUGCUGGUGGACAUUUUCUUGCGUGAGUUGAGUGACUUACCAGACGCAUUUGAUUUGUUGCGCCAGGCGUAUUUAUGCGUGUUUCAUGCUCUGCUCACGCAAACUCAACUGUGCACAGAGCCUUACAAACGUACGCACAUCACACGUCUCUUGACCAACAUGGUGUAUGCGUCUCGCCUGCACGAUACAAGUGAGCGUACCUUGGCGCUUGCUGAGCAUUGUCUCAACGCUGAAUGGUGCGUUGGCUUCUCGCCCGAUGGAGCUACACUCGUUGCACCCAUCCGCGGUGGCGAGGCACGCGUGGCGUCUCUUACGAAGGAGUACAGUGAGGAUCGUCCGCAUUUCCACGCUGAGCCCUCAGAUGCUUCCAUCCAGCACAUGCUGAUCCUCGUGAGUCUGCAGUCAACCGCUGCAUCGAUUAUAUGCACGAAGGGCGCGUACAACGGCGAUCUACUGUCUGUGAUGUGGCCCGAGUUUGAGCCGCCGUCGUAUGCGGAGGCUGCUGCACACGACGACACCCUAGCACAGGACUUGGACGUGUUAUCACUCGAGUCUUGGACGAGCCAAAGGCGUCCAAGCGUCGAUUCCACACAAAGCGCUGACGGAAAACGACGCCGUCCUCCUCCGCCACGGCCCCCACGGCCUGCUGAGCUGCAAGUGCCGCUGCCGCUGCAGUUGACAUCUGCAUCCAUGCCUGACCUGCAUGCCGACUCUUCGUCCUCGUCCUUGUCGCCGGCAAGCAGCUCGCCCCAAACUCGCAUGCCACACGUGCGACGACGUGCUCCCGAUAUACCCCCGCAUGCGGUGCCAGCGAUCGCGGCGACUGCCGCGCCACUAGCACGAGCUCACAGUUCUGAAGAUGCCUCCGCCAUACCCAGCCCCACCUUGGAUACUGCUGCGCUUUCUGCGCCGGCCUCAUCAUCUCUACGCCACUAUGUUUUACGCCACUGGAAUGGAAAGAACGAAAAGCGGCAUUUCUUCCCGAAGCGCCUGUUUUCCAAGGCACACAAAGCAUCUAUGCAUGUCGAGUAUGACGUUUCUCCUGCUGAUGGUGUCAGUGCUGCUCCAAGAAGGCGUGCGCCACCGCCACCGACACCGCCCUCUUCAUCUUCUGCAUAUCGCCACAAUCCAACUCCGCCGUAA